CCACUGCCCCCCUCCCCUCUCUGAGUGCCUGCCCCCUCCCUCCUCUCUCUCUCUCCCUUUCUCCCUUUCUCCUCGUCUGCUACCGCCGCGAGGUUGCUCUGGCUCCGGCUCCCGGCAGCAACUUUCUUUCUGUGUAAACAUUGCAGAAAAUACACUCUCGAGAAUGGGUGCUGUCAACAAUCCUGGGGCACUGACAUGGGAAACCAAGUUAAACCUUAUCACUCGCAAUCUACAAGAAACCCUUGGUGAGGACAAAAUGACAACAAUUUUAAAAGAGCGAGAUUUGAAAGUAUACUGGGGCACAGCCAUAACAGGCCGUCCUCACAUUGCCUAUUUUGUACCUAUGUCUAAAAUUGCGGACUUCCUCAGAGCAGGUUGUGAGGUAACUAUUUUGUUUGCUGAUCUACAUGGAUACUUGGAUAAUCAAAAAGCACCUUGGGAGCUACUUGCCCUGCGCACCCAGUACUAUGAAAAUGUUAUCAAACAAAUGCUGCUUUCAAUUAAUGUUCCUCUUGACAAACUUAAGUUUGUGAGGGGUACAGACUAUCAGUUAUCGAGGGAGUACUCUUUAGAUGUGUACCGAAUGAGCUCAGCUAUCACAGAACAUGAUGCUAAAAAAGCAGGUGCUGAAGUUGUAAAGCAGGUGGAACACCCACUUUUAUCUGGUUUAUUGUAUCCUGGUCUCCAAGCCCUAGAUGAAGAAUAUCUGAAAGUAGAUGCUCAGUUUGGUGGUGUUGACCAAAGGAAAAUCUUUACUAUGUCUGAAAAAUACUUGCCUCAGUUGGGAUAUGCCAAGCGAAUUCAUCUCAUGAAUCCAAUGGUUCCUGGACUAACUGGUGGUAAGAUGUCAUCAUCUGAGGAGGAUAGCAAAAUAGAUCUCCUUGAUCAACCAGCUGUAGUUAAAAAGAAAUUGAAGAAAGCUUUCUGUGAGCCGGGAAAUAUCACAGAUAAUGGCAUACUCUCAUUUGUAAAGCAUGUGAUAUUCCCCUUGAACUCGGAAGAAGGACUUUUGGUACCUCGCUCAGCGGACCAUGGUGGAGACAUCAAGUUCUCAACCUAUGAAGCCCUAGAAGAAGCUUUUGCUAAGCAGGAUAUCCACCCUGGGGAUCUCAAAGCAGCAGUAGAACCACGUAUUAACAAAUUAUUGGAACCCAUAAUCAAACAUUUUGAAGAUCCUGAACUCAAAAAACUUACAGCUAAAGCAUAUCCUCCUCCCGCCAAAGCUGGAAAGGGUGGAGCAGGAGCUGGAGCUGGAGCGGCCACAGAUGAGCAGACACCCAGCCGUCUUGAUAUUCGUGUGGGUAAAAUUGUGGAAGUUGAAAACCAUCCUGAAGCUGACAGUUUGUAUGUAGAGAAGAUUGAUGUUGGUGAGGGUGUGCCUAGAACAAUUGUUAGUGGCUUGAGGAACUUUGUUCCUAUUGAAGAAAUGAAGAACCGUGAUGUUAUUGUGUUGUGCAAUCUGAAACCAGCAAAAAUGAGGGGCAUUGAAUCUUGUGGGAUGGUGUUAUGUGCUUCUGUUGAUGAACCGAAGGCUGUUGAACCUCUGUCACCACCUGAGGGAAGUGCGCCUGGUGAAAAGGUAUUUGUUGAAGGCUUUGAAACUGGCUCACCAGAUGAAGUGCUUAACCCAAAGAAGAAGGUUUGGGAAAAAUUAUCGGCGGAUUUAAAAACAUCAUCUCAGUGUGAAGCACAAUGGCAAGGUAACUCUCUCUUAACUAAAUUAGGAAAGAUCACUUGUAAAUCUCUCAAAUCUGCCCCAAUCAAGUAAGAUAAGAGCAAAUUUGAUUUUACUGAACAAAUUAUUUAUUUGUCAAUCUGCGUCAAGACAUUAAAAAGUUGUGUCAGUGUUGACAAUCAAAA